CCUUCUGGCUAUACACCGGCAUUUCUUAAUCUCCAGGGUUCCACUCAGGCUAACGGAUACUUGACUUAUAAGACACUAUCAACUUAUGAUCCUCAGCAAUGUACUUCUGCUUGUGACAAGAUCAGCUCGUGUCAAUUCGCAAACAUUUACUACGAGAGGGACCCCGACAGCAACAAUAACCCUGUCGAUGUAAUCAAGUGCGCUCUUUACAGCAUGCCUCAGACUAAAUGCACUGCAACCAACACGGGACAAUGGCGUGGCUCGUUCCACGUUAUGGUCACUGGCAGCAAUGGCUACAACAAGGCUGCUGCACCAAAAACCCCUGCUGGCUACUCCCUGGAGAGUCUUCCUGCCGCCGUCAACGCACCAGUCUAUGACGACGUUGGUCAGUGGAGAUUCAUCCAGCCUGUUUACCUUAACUCUUACGACCCUGCCCUCUGUGCUGCUGCCUGUGACAAGCAGACUGCAUGGGACAAGUCUCAAGCCACCGAUGACUGCAACUACAAGACCUGUGUCUACGCGAACAUGUACAUCCUGUCGGAAGAUGGAGUUCCAAAGACUGUUGUUUGUGCACUUUACACCGAAGGCGUUGAUUCGAGCUAUGCCACCAACUACGGCUACUCCACCGAUACCGAUUCUUUCCAGGUCUCCAACUCGAUCGCUUUGACCAACACCACU